UGUCAUCCAAGCAACAAUAGAGAAGAUCUUUAAUUCAUUAACUGGGAUCGUAUUCUUCGCAUUUUCCUUGAUCUUUGUUUUAAUAAUGCCUGUGGGAGUUUUGGUGCUCUCAUUGCUGGUCCCAAAGGUGGAUUAAGAGGGUUGUUUCAGGUUGGCUGCCGGCUUGAAACUUUUGCCACAAAUGACAAUGAAUCUUGACAACAUGACAUACUUCAAUUAGUUGGGAUGACGCGUAGAUAAUGAUGAUCAUUCCUUGCUAUUUGUUUUCUCAUCUGUUCCCAAUAUAUGACUCAUUUUUAUUUUUUAUUUUUUGAAAGGCACGACUCAUUAUUGGUUCCUGCAUCUCUAUAACAACGCAUAAACUUUCGAGAAAUGGUUGGUUGCCCAUGAAAACUUUUUCCUUGCCUUGCCAGGACCCAUGCGAAAAAGUAAAAGGAUAUUUAGAAAUCACCAAUGGCCUAUAUUCAUUAGUCACUUCCAUCUCACCUGUUGAACCAGGCUGGCUUUUUAGAACAGAGCAUGUUCACAUAUAUGCCACCUAGUACAUGUCUCGGAUCUGACACAAUGUGCCUUGUUGGUACAUGUUCCCUGAUUUUAUCAUCUGUGAAUUGCUUUACCAUCUCUCAUAUAUAUGGUUAAUGGAAAAUAACUGUUGUCUUUAACAAUCAACAGAAAAUUGUACAUCUAGGUAGCAUGGGCCAUGGCAUCCCCUUAACCUUGUAGCACCCAUGGCUAUUUCGACACCAUGACUUCUGUAGUGUCAGGAGCCAGGUUGCAUUUAUUGUCAUAAACAGUUGUCUUUUGAUGAUUGAUAUCUAAAUGAGCCUCUUUUUGGCAGAUAAGUGGUAUUGGUAACCAUAUACACGAAUACAUCCAUAAAUGGAUGUGUAUGGGUACUUGCGUGCAUGCACCACAAAUGCAUGUUUGACAAAAUAAAUUUGAGGAUGUGUUCAAAAUUUAAGAGACAAAAUAAAAAUUCAUGAAACUGAUUUCUUGUUUUUUCGAGGAUAAAAAUUCAUGAAAUUGAUUGCACAAGGAAAAGCCUUCAAAGUUCUAGCCGUAUCCAAACGACUUGUGUGAUUCGUUCUUGAGCUCCACGUGAUAUAGUGGGCCACAUACAAGCUAGCAUAGAAUGUUGAAAGACUAUUGUUUUAUUUGAAUUCAUUGAAAAUCACAUUCGUCUUUUGCUUAAUUGUAUAGGCAAAAUUGGUGGUGCUUUAGUCAAUGAUGGGUAGAGUAGGCUAGGGUUGGACAAUCUAGCCUCCAUUUUUAUUCCUUUUAUUUUUGAAAGGCAUCUAGCCCUUGAUCAAAUUCAUGAUGUUGAAGCUGUUAGUUGGAGAGACCAUUUGAGGUGUUCAAAGCUCUGAAAACUGUUGGUAGAGAUAAAGCCCCUAAGUUCAGAUUGCUUUCCUUCUGCAUUCUCUCAAAUCUUCUAGGAGGAUGUUAAGGGUGCAGUGUCUGAAGGACAAUCGGCUUAUUAGCCUCAUUGGGGGCCCAUAUAAAAUUUUAGCCAAUGCCCUUGUUGCCAGGCUCCGAAAAGUUUUGGGGGUUAUCAUUAUGAAGAUGCAAGGUGCUUUCAUAAUUGUUGCUAUGCUGGAGAAGAAUGGGACUCUGAAAAUUGCAAAUGUUGGAGACUGUGGACUAAGAGUUCUUCGGAAAGGCCAAGUUGUUUUUUCUACGUCUCCACAAGAACAUUCUUUUGACUGUCCUUACCAGUUGAGCUCUGAAGUGGUUGGUCAAACUUACCAAGAUGCCAUGGUUUGUAGUGUGCAACUAAUGGAGGGAGACACUAUUGUUAUGGGUUCAGACGGACUAUUCGACAAUGUUUUUGACAAUGAAAUAGUUUCUACAAUCUCUAGAUUUAGAGAUGCUUCCGAGGGUGCAAAGGCAUUGGCAGAACUAGCUAGCAAUCACUCGAAGGACAUCAAUUUUGACUCUCCCUACUCCUUGGAGGCCAGAAGUCGGGGUUUUGAUGUUCCACUUUGGAAGAAAGUUGUUGGAAUGAAACUAACAGGUGGGAAGCUAGAUGAUAUCACCGUGAUAGUGGGCCAUGUAGUAAGUACUUGAGAUGAUCAUAUAUUCUUAACAGAGCUGAAAAUGAAAAAGGGAAGAUUCAAGUUGGGUCUGUUUUGGAAUUCUUGAGGCUACGUUUGGGUACAUAAUUGAGCCGUAUAAGCUAUAUUCAGUUUAAUAAAAGAGGAAAUGACAAAAUAUAAUGAUGUUUCAGUAUUCA